CCAGGAAAUUCCUUUCUGGCCUUCAGUCCACAUGUGAGUAGUUUUCCCAAAGUUGGGCGCGAGUCCUGCCUGCUGUACGUUCCUCUUGCGUCUCUGACAUGGAGGAAAUGCUGUCCUUCUGGGAUGUGGCCAUUGAGUUCUCUGCAGAAGAGAGGGAAUGCCUGGAGCCUGCUCAGUGGAAUUUGUACAGGGAUGUGAUGUUGGAGAAUUACAGCCACCUUGUGUUCCUUGGUCUUGCUGUGUCUAAGCCACACCUGGUGACAUUUCUGGAGCAAAGACAAGAAUCUUCAGAUGUGAAGAGACAAGCAGCAGCCAACGUGCAGCCCGGAACAACACCCAAUGAUUAUAACGUUUACAACAAGGCCAUUGAUUGUAACUCAAUGUAUAUUCCACACCAGAGAAUUCAUACAAGGGAGAAACCCUACAAAUGUGAAGAGUGUGGUAAGGGUCUUAGUUCUCAUAAAACACUUUCCAUACACAAGAGACUUCAUACUGGAGAAAAAUCCUACACGUGUAAAGAAUGUCAUAAGGCCUUCAAUACUCGUGCAUCACUUUUUAUACACCAGAAAAAUCAUACUGAUGAAAAAUCUUACAAGUGUGAAGAAUGUGGUAAAUCAUUUUACUAUCCUUCAAUGCUGAAGCAACAUCAAAGAAUUCAUUCUGGAGAGAAGCCCUACAAGUGUGAAAAAUGUGGCAAAGCUUUUUAUGAUCCUUCAUUCCUGAAACAACAUCAAAGGAUUCAUUGUGGAGAGAAACCCUACAAGUGUGAAGAAUGUGGCAAAGCUUUUUAUGAAUCAUCAUUCCUUCAGGUACAUCAACGAAUUCAUACUGCAGAGAAACCCUACAGGUGUGAAGAGUGUGGCAAGUGUUUUUGUUCAUCUUCAUCUCUUAGAGGACAUCAAACAAUCCAUUCUGAAGACAAUCCCUACAAGUGUGAAGAGUGUGGCAAAAGGUUUUCUUACUUUGCACACCUCAAACAGCAUCAGACAGUCCACACUGGAGAGAAAUCAUACAAGUGUGAGGAGUGUGGUAAGUGCUUUUCCUUAUCUUCAUCCCUUAGACGACAUCAAACAAUUCACUGUGAAGACAAUCCUUACAAGUGUGAAGAGUGUGGCAGAUGUUUUUACUCAUCUUUGUCCCUUAGAAGACAUCAAAUAAUCCAUUCUGAAGACAAUCCUUAUACAUGUUUACAAUGUGGCAAACGGUUUUCCUAUUCUAGAAGUCUUCAAGAACAUCAAACAGUUCACACUGGAGAGAAACUAUACAAAUGUGAAGAAUGUAACAAAGCCUUUCGUUACCACUCAGGCCUUAGGAAACACAAGAGAGUUCAUACUGGAGAAAAACUAUACAAGUGUGAAGAGUGUGAUGAUGUUUUUCCUCAUCUUCAUCCCUUAGACGACAUAAAAAGGAAAAAAGAAAAUUCAUUCUGAAGAGAAUCUCUAAAAGUGGGCAGAAUGUGAUAAAGACUUUGCUGAUUUUUGUAUCCUUACUCAACAUAUGAUAUAGUUCAUACAGGAGAGAAAUCCUACAAACGUUCUAAAAAUUUUUUCUCUUCAACCCUUAAAACACAUUAAAUGAUUCAUUCUGACUACAAACUC